AGGGAUCAAAGCUGGCAGCACUCUUCGAGCAUCCUCUUUACAACAUCCCAGUCCCAGAGGUGACAGAGAAGGACAAGCUGUUUGUCGUCAACCCCAUGGAGAGGUUCAGCCUGCACAGCAGCAGGAGUGAUGAAUGGGAAGACAGCCUACGACACCUACCCCACGUGGCUCAAAUUCCACAUCGGCAUCAACCGCUAUGAGCUGUACCCCCGCCGGGACCCCUUGCUGCCUGCGCUGCUCCGGGAUCUGGCCACGCAGAGGAUCGUCAGCUCGGGUACCACCUCUGCACCUGCCCCACUCCUGCCCGCACCCUGCCCCCUGCCUGCUAAGUCCGGCGGGACCCAGCUCAAGCUCAUCAUGACGUUCCCAAACUAUGGGCAGGCCCUCUUCAAGCCCAUGAAGCAGACCCGGGACCAGGAGACCCCCAUUGAUUUCUUCUACUUCUCAGACUUUGAGCGGCACAAUGCAGAGAUUGCAGCCUUCCACCUGGACAGGAUUCUGGAUUUCCGGCGAAUCCCCCCAGUUUCUGGCCGUUUGGUCAACAUAACAAAGGAAAUUCGGGACAUCACCACAGACAAGAAACUAGCCAAGACUUUCUUCAUCUCCCCAGCGGGAAACGUCUGCUUCUACGGGGAGUGCUCCUACUACUGCUCCACGGAGCACGCCCUCUGUGGCAAACCGGACCGGCUGGAGGGCUCCAUGGCUGCCCUGCUCCCCGACAAGACCCUGGCCAAGCGCCGCUCCUGGCGCAGCCCCUGGCGCCGCUCCUACCACAAGAGCAAGAAGGCUGAGUGGGAGCUGAACCCCAACUACUGCGCUCAGGUGCGAGAGACGCCGCCCUACGACAGGGGCCACCGCCUCCUCGACCUCAUCGACAUGGCAAUCCUCGAUUUCCUCAUGGGCAACAUGGACCGGCACCACUAUGAGACCUUUGAGAAAUUUGGGAAUGACACUUUCCUGCUCCACCUGGACAACGGUCGCGGCUUCGGCACACACUCCCGCGAUGAACCGUCCAUCCUGGCCCCCCUCCAGCAAUGUUGCAGCAUCAAGAAGUCGACUUACCUGCGGCUGCAGCUGCUGGCCACCGAGCCCUACCGGCUGAGUGACGUGCUGCGGGAGGCGCUGGCCGCGGAGCCGCUGGCCCCCGUCCUGGCUGAGCCCCACCUGCAGGCGCUGGACCGGCGCCUGGGGAAGGUGCUGCUGGCCGUGCGACACUGCCUGGCCAGGGCAGCCCACCAGGAAAAGGUGCUGGUGGAUGAUGUGGGGUCGUGGGUGUGAGGGGCGCUGGGUACCGUGCUGGA